UUUGAAUGACCGACGCGUUGACCGGUAAAAUAUCGGAAACACAAUCCAGUAGCAUUUCGUACAAAUUAUUAUUAAUCGCGCACGUGUGCUCAGGAAAUAUGUAAAAUAUGUGUAAUUCUUAUUAAUAGUAAAACAUUUUUGAUUAUUUUGUUGUUUUAAAAUGUUAUAAUAAAAUGGUAAACUUUGAUUUGUUGAACACUGCACAGCGGCGUUACACAAUAACCGCGUGAAAACAAAACCCGAAGAACAAUAUUCACUUCUCUGGAAUUCACCAGUCGAUACCUUAUAACAGUUUCCAGCUCAUGUCAGAGUAACGAAAAUACAAAUGAAACAAGGAGUGGACUUUGGUUACGGAAUAAAAUCCACAUUAGUACAAUGUUUGGUGUUGACGACAACGUAUUUCUUGAACGUCCAGCAAGGUAUAGAUGUGAUGAUGCCGACGAUAAUCAUCGGGGCAUUACAAACUAAAGGCGACAACACCGUGCCCGGCAUAACGCCAGAGCAGAUAUCAUGGAUCGGAAGUCUGGUGUACUUGUCACCACCCAUUGGCAGCCUUUUCUUGUCGCUUGUCCAGGCACGGCUUGGCCACAGUGCAUGCAUGGCGCUCACCAAUCUCAUUCAGCUAUCGUCCGUGCUGGUCGUGGUCCUUUUCCCGAUCACGGUGUCCACUCUGUACUCGUGCUCGAUGCUGAUGGGCUUGAGCACGGGUUUUGCCACCGGCCUGAGCAUAUCGUACAGUGGUGAGGUGUGUGAGCCUAAGCUCCGGGGCUCGUUGACGUCUGCCUUGAACGUGUUCUACUUCGUUGGAUUCUUUUUCGUCUCCACCACAUACGCCAUCACCGAGAGCUGGAGACGGUCGUUGAUUAUCACUGUGGCCGUGCCCCUGGCCAACAUGGUCACACUGUCGCUGACUCCCGACUCGCCGAUGUGGCUGUUGUCCAGAGGGAAAACGGACAAGGCGAGAAAGGUCUUAAUGAAGCUUCGGGGAUAUGUGAGCGAAGAGAAAUGCUCCACAGAAUUCCAGGAAAUGGUUCAAUACGUUUCUCUAUCAGCUAAAUCGGAAGAAGCAAAAAAAAAACCUUCGGCUCUGGGUAGCUUUUCACAUCCGGGACUGUGGAAUCCGCUCAAACUCAUGUUGGUCUACAUAUUUUUCUCAAACGUCAUGUCCGGCGUACCUUAUGCGCCGUAUCUGAUGCACGUCUUCAGUUCAUUCAAAACAAAAGUAGAGCCUGCAUGGGCAAUGUCAGCAUACCCUGGCUUCAGCAUCAUCGGCAACGUGUUCACCAUCCUGUUGGUGCACCGGCUAGGCAAGAGAUGCCUUGUACUGUCGACCAUAACCGUCUGUUCAAUAUCGUACUUACUCAUUGGUUUCGUCGGACAGUUCUACGUCAACUCUGAGCACACGUCCUGGGUGAAAUUGGCCCUGUUCUUCGGAUCAACGUUAUCCUCGUCGCUGGGCAUAAUGCCGAUCGGAUGGAUCCUCAUGAGCGAAGUGUUCCCGAUGAAAAGUAAAAACCUGGGUUGCAGCAUAUGUUCCGCGGUGUAUUUCUUCCUCAGCUUCUUCAUGACCAAGUUCUACAUGGACCUCGAGAGGUUUAUCGGCUUCUACAACACCUUCGUGCUGUUCGGGGGCGUGGGACUCAUUGGGCUCGUGUACUUCUACUUUCGUCUGCCUGAAACCGAAAAUAAAACGCUCAAGGAGAUUGCCGAACACUUUAAGCUCGAACCGGUGUAGUCCACGGAGGAAAUUAUACUCAUCCACCCAAAUACCUACACCUGCAGCAGCUGAUAUGUAUCACCAUAAUAUAUAUAUAUAUAUAUAUAUAUAUAUAUUAUAUUAUUCCUAUUCGAAACGCAUCGGCCUUCGCAAGUUAUAAUAAUAUAAUUUAAUAAAAUACAAUAAUUAUAUAUAUGUACAUUCAAAUAUUUUAAACGAUAUUAUAUUGUACUUAUAUUAUAAUCUUAUUCCACCGCGUUGAUAAUAUUUGUCGAACUUAGUUUAGUUGGCCGGAGGAAUGUGCGAGAAUCGUCAAAAAUAUGUACACCCAUGUAUAGGGUAUAUACCUCAUACAUAAUACGUGCAGCCUAUCACGAUAUAAUAUUAUUAUAUAAUUAUGUACGUAAGUUAGUGAUCGAACUAAAAAUACAUAUUCGAAUUUAUAUUAUUAA